ACUGUAGAAGAGAUUGAAGGUGUACUGGGACGUGACCUUUACCCAAAUCUGUCUGAAGAGAGAUCUCGAUGGGAGAAAGAGCUAGCUGGCUUGCGGGAAGAGAAUGAGAGCCUCACAGCCAUGCUGUGUAGCAAAGAGGAGGAGCUGAACAGGACCAAGGCCACCAUGAAUGCUAUUCGUGAAGAAAGGGACAGACUGCGUAGAAGGGUUCGGGAACUGCAAACACGUUUGCAAAGCGUGCAGGCAACAGGCCCAUCCAGCCCAAGUCGUCUCGCUUCUGCCAAUCGACCCAUCAACCCCAGCACUGGAGAGUUGAGCACAAGCAGCAGCAGCAAUGACAUUCCCAUAGCCAAGAUAGCUGAGAGAGUGAAGUUGUCAAAAACAAGAUCAGAGUCUUCAUCAUCUGAUAGACCUGUCUUAGGAUCAGAAAUCAGCAGCAUAGGGGUAUCUAGUACUGUGGCUGAACAUUUGGCACAUUCCCUCCAAGACUGCUCAAACAUCCAGGAAAUCUUCCAGACUCUUUAUUCACAUGGAUCUGCUAUCUCGGAAAGUAAAAUCCGAGAGUUUGAAGUGGAGACAGAGAGAUUAAAUAGCCGUAUUGAGCACUUGAAAUCCCAGAAUGACUUGUUGACAAUAACACUGGAAGAGUGCAAGAGCAAUGCCGAGAGAAUGAGCAUGCUUGUUGGGAAGUACGAGUCCAAUGCCACAGCCCUCAGGCUUGCAUUGCAGUACAGUGAACAGUGCAUAGAAGCAUAUGAGCUGCUGUUGGCAUUGGCAGAAAGUGAGCAGAGUCUCAUUCUUGGGCAGUUCAGAGCUGCAGGUGUUGGUUCUGUUGGGGACCAGACAGGUGAUGAAAACAUCACGCAGAUGCUUAAGAGAGCUCAUGACUGCAGGAAGACAGCUGAGAACGCAGCGAAAGCCUUGCUGAUGAAACUAGAUGGGAGCUGCGGGGGAGCUUAUGCAAUCACUGGGUGUAGCGUGCAGCCCUGGGAAAGCCUCUCAUCCAACAGUCACACAAGUACUACCAGCUCAACUGCAAGCAGCUGUGAUACAGAAUUUACAAAGGAGGAUGAGCAGCGGCUGAAGGAUUACAUCCAGCAGUUGAAAAAUGACAGGGCAGCAGUGAAACUGACAAUGCUGGAGCUGGAAAGCAUCCACAUUGAUCCCCUUAGUUAUGACGUUAAACCUCGCGGAGACAGCCAGAGGCUAGACCUGGAAAAUGCGGUCUUGAUGCAGGAACUUAUGGCAAUGAAG